GAUCAGUCUCAGGAACUAAAGUAUAGAUUACUAAUUGCAGAUCUGGAAUUGGGUAUACUACUCUUGACUUCUACUUUCUUUGAUCUCUUUCUCGAACAUUAUCAAUUGGAGCUGGAGAUAGUGAUUGAGGCCUGA